AUUUCAUCUUUAGGUGCAAACAGUGGAAUUGGGAAAUGCAUUGCAACUGAAAUUGCCAAACGAGGGGGGACUGUUCACAUGGUGUGCCGGAACCCAAAGACUGCAGAAGAAGCCAAGGGUGAAAUCACAGAAGCGUCAAACAAUCAGAAUGUCCACCUACACAUUUUGGACAUGUCAGUGCCUCAAGAUGUCUAUAAAUUCACGCAAACCUUCAUGGAGCAGCACGACCAGCUACAUACAUUGGUUAAUAAUGCAGGAUGCAUGAUCAACACUAGGGAGGUCAUUGCUGAAAAUCUUGAGAAAAACUUUGUGACCAACACCCUAAGCACGCACAUUCUCACGACCAACCUCAUCCCUCUUCUGAAAAAAAGUGAGAAAUCCAGAGUUGUGGUGGUCACCUCCGGAGGAAUGCUGGUGCAGAAGCUCAAUGUCGAUGACCUGCAGUUUGAGAAGAUGAAGCCUUUUGACGGAACAAUGGCUUAUGCUCAAAACAAGAGACAGCAGGUGGUGAUGACAGAACAGUAUGCAAAGCAGUAUCCUGAUGUUCACUUCUCCUGUAUGCAUCCUGGUUGGGCAGACACGCCUGCUGUGAGGAAUUCCAUGCCAGAUUUUUACAAUAAGAUGAAGGAUAAGUUAAGGAGCCCCAGUCAAGGAGCAGAUACAGCUGUGUGGCUCGCUGUAUCACCUGCUGCUUUGGAACAGCAAUCUGGCCUUUUCUUCCAAGAUCGCAGUCCGGCGGCUGCACACCUUCCCUUAGCUUGGACGAAAGUCUGCACCAAAGAUGAAGAAAACUUCAUGACUCUUUUGAACGACUUGGCAGACAAAUUUAAGGCAUAAGUUACCAAGAUCUUCUGAGCAUCAUUUCCUUUUUUGUAUUUUUCCUUUUCCUCUGCUUUUGAUUUUCGUUUGUGUCUUUUCCCAUCACUCUUUGUUAACCAAUAAGGGAGGAGAAGUUUAUUGAGUGUACCAGUACUGUUCUCUUUCUGAUAAACUUACCUACCUCGUCAUCAUCAUUUCCAUCUUCAUGCAGCUUACAUUCAUAUAAAUCAAGUUCCCAAUAUUACUUAAGAUUUAAAGAAUGAAAAAAUGUUUGUAUAUACAUGAGUAAUAUGUAUGUUCUGGUGUAUGAAUAGUUCCUAUGGUAUGGUCAUCAGUUAUUCCGGAUUGACUAUAUUCAGAGUACAAUCUAAGUGCCUGUAAGCCAUUCGUUGAAAAUCCUGCUUUAGGGAGUGAAGGGACUAAUCUUUUAGAAGUUCCACAUGAAAAAGAAGGUACUCUGGAAUCUUUACUCUCAGAACUGUUUGUGAUUCUCGUUGACAUUCAUGAGUGGCUGAUGGGCAGUCCUGGCCAGAACAAUCUUAUUUAAAGCUAUAAUUGCAUCAUUAAUGUGAAAUUCCAGGGUCACAAUCUUUAUAAAAUUUGCUUAUAAUAGGUAUAAUUAUUUCUGAAUCUUUUAUGAAUACAUAGAUUUACUAAAGGAUUAUAUGAUUCUGCUAAUGAUUCUGUCUAUAUAUUAUAUACUAAGUCUUCAAAUUCUUGUGUUAAUGAUUUAGACUAUAACCUCCAGAUACAAAUUAAGAGGCAUAAUAAAAGACAAACAAAAAAUAAAGUGAAAUGUAGAUUGGUAAUUUAACCACUUCAGAUAUAAUUUACCAUCCACAAAUAUUACUGAAGACUCGUUUAUCAGUUAAUUGUUGUUUUUGUAGUUUUGAAAUAAUUUUGUAGAAAAGAUAACCAUGUAUGGCAUUUUGUAAUAUAUGUGUAUAAUUUUUUUAUCUAUUUGUUUAAUGCUAAAUGUGAUAUUGAUUUCCAAUUAACUUGGUGCCAACUGGUUUUCCUGCACCAUUGAGCCUCAUUAAGGUCACCACACAAAGUAGUUGCUUCUAAGAACAUAUAUUUUCCUAUUUGGUGAAUUUACUGUAGACUACAUGAUUUCUGGGAAAUGAGGCUAAAAUGAAACAAAGUACUUUCAAGAGCAGAAACUCCUCAAACAAAGUUGUUUAGCUCACAAAGCUGAGAGCAGUUUGAGCAGUGCUCUUUGUGAAAGAUAAAGAAAAAAGUAUGAAUGAGAAUGAAUAUCUUGGCAGCACAAAUAUUGUAUUUCAAAAAAUACAUAAAAUAAGUUAAUCAUUCUCAUUCAUACCUUUUUUUACAGGCUCGACUGCAUUUGUCAUGUAUAUGUCACCUGUCAGCAAGCCUUUAAUAGAAACUAGGAGAGUCCUGUAAACAAAAACAAAAAAAAUGUGCCCACCAUACCAUACUAGUGUGAUGUAGCAAAAAUAUAUUUAUUUAUAUCCCCCCCCCUUAUACUGAUGCACAAGGAAAGGAUGAAAAUGUUGUAGUUUUUCCCAGACAUCACAUAACAUAAGAUACAAUCUGUGCUAAACAAUCCCGAAGUAUAUUGGAAUUAUGCCAGAAUGUAUGAAAAAUAUAUAUGUAAGGAAGAAAUUAAGAAACCCACAAAGACAUGCCACUUAUUAGAUGUGUAUUAGAUCUGUUGGAUAUGGCAGAAAAUAGUUCACAAGGAUUGAAAUCAUAGCUGUGUGAACUCCAGAUAAAUAGUUUAUAAAAUCAGGCAAUCAGUAUAUAGGUUACAUGCAAGCAGAAUAUUAAUUUUUUAUAUAGGCUUUCAACAAGUUUUAAAAAUAGGUUAUUAAAAAAGGAAUAUAUAAAUAUUGCUUAGCCUUGGCUUCAUUUUAUGAAGAAGAUUUAAAUCUACUUUGAUAUUUCUUUUAAAGCUAUUUUGCUAGUGACACUUCUUUUUUGAAGUGGUAUCUUUAUAGAAGCUGGAAAUUUGUAAUCAAGAAUUGUAUUCAAGUAUUUUUGCACUUUUGGUACUUGGGUAGGGUUCCAAUUAUGCUUUUAUUUAGGCUGAGAGGAGUCCUGCUGAGAUGAACAAUAGGAAACUAAUGCUUGGAACUUAAAGGAAACUCAGAUAUCAAAACAAAGAGGUUGAUCCUUAUGGAAAAUAGUAUAUAUGUCCAAUACAAAAAUUUUAUUUAUUGUAUAACCUUAGCUGCAUUGGGCCUCUAUUGUAAAAGCCUUCUAUUGAGUUGCAUAAUAUAUCAUCAAAAAAUUAUCAAGGCCCAUACACCACAAUUAAAGCCACUUUCAAUUGCUGAGUUGAACCUGUCACUUACCUAUGUAUGUUUAGAUUAAGAAUAAAUUGUUAUAUUUGUUUGACUAAGAUGUAAAUAUUUUUGUCUCAUCUUGUGUCUCUCCAAUACUUGAUAUAUGACGGAAAUGUAAACUUUGUCCAAUAAACGCAAAUUGCACAAUCAUUGGAA